UGCUGAUUACACGUGUUACACCACCGUAACGGUAUUAAGAAUCAUUAGUAACGUCAUAUGUAAUGAUUUUUAAUAGCGUUACACCACGAUGCCACUGGGUCGUUGUCCACCUAGCUACUCCUUCAAACCUUUUAGUGCGUCGUGGUUCUUUUUAUGUAUGUAAUAUUUAUUUUUGGUAAUAUAUUUUGCUGUAGUAUUCUCUAAAAGCCUAGUACAAAUUUCUUAUGUCGAAUUCAUUAACUUGUUCGUAUUAUAAUACUAUUAUAAUAACAAUGGUUGUAUGAAUUAUUUGCUGUUGCCUUAAACGUAGCACACAUUUCGUGAACACGCAGUCUGUGAAAACGAUGGAGCCAUCCCUUAUGUAGAUGAAUGUAGGUAAAUACAUUUGAUUGCUAACGCUCAUAUUAAAAAGUCUAUAUAAAUGUUGCUUAAGUAGCCAGUUUACAAUACUACAAGGUUGAUAUUGUGGUUUGUCGCUAUGCGGCACUUCUAACUGGUGGUUUUACGAUAAAAUGUACUACAGUGCAUUUUCCCUAAAUAAUUUGGGAAUCCGAGGAAAAUCCUCAGAACUGAGGAAAGUUUGGGAUUGAUGACGCAUUUCAACAAAGUGUUAUGUUGUUGCUUCUCUAGGAAUGAUAAAUGUUUCUCCAAAGAUUGAGUGUUGACGAUAUUAAAUACUGUCUUUGUUUAAUGACGUCAAUAGAAAACUAGUGACAGUAUUAAACGAUCGGAAAAAAGCCAAGUGCACUUGAAAGUGUAAUACCAUAUUCAAAAUCCAGCGAAAGGAGUGGUUCAUCUCCUCUACUGUCAUCAUUGCUAAGCCAUAUCACUUAAAGACACGGAAUAUAGUCUCACAAAUCGUGGUCAGUAACGCUGUCUAUCAAAAUACUAUUUGAUAGAUAAUCUAAACCAUUCUGUGACGAAAGUAUAAUUCGUACAGUAUUCAUUCUACUAGUCCAUCAUUAAUAGUGUUGCUGUAGGGCAAGUGUUUGCAAGAUUCAGCCACAAAGUCUCACCUGUUUGCUGUAAUACUUCCUUUUUUGACCAGGCGAUGUGAUCUAACACUUGUCUAUAUUGCAACAAUCACCAACUAUGAACCUCAUUUUAUGGUAGAAUAAGAUCAAGCUACUUUCUUGUUUCUAGACUAUUUUUUUAAUUAAACCACUACCCAAGUAGUUCUUAUUUAACUAGAUCAACUGUCUUGAAAGUUCAAGAAUUUUGUGGAAAUAAUAUUUGCGAUAAAAGGUGGGUUGUUUUGCUAAUAUUUUUUAGUUUCAUUUGCUAACAUACCAUCUGUCCUAUUUCAUUACAGGUUUAUAGCUAAAUUUUGAUGUCUGACUUAGCAGUAUGCCGGUUUGCGUACGAUGGGUUUGUUACCGCAGUACUAAAAAUAUUGGAAUCAGAUGGCGAAAAGUCGUUUGCUGGGCGAAAUCCUCUUCAUUGGGCGGCUUAUUGCAAAGAUCAGUCUAACUGGACUCCACUUAUGAUUGCUAUUUCCGCUGGACGGGGUAACGUAGCUUCAUAUCUUAUAGAGCAAGAGCAUGCUGAUGUAAAUGUAAUAAAUUCGACAGGUCAGUGCUGUCUUCACUAUUGUGCUUCUAAAAAUCGUCUUCAAUUGGUCAAACAGCUGUUAAAUGCUGGUGCGAAACCAGACGUAAAAGAUUGGGGAGGAGUUACACCGCUUCAUCGUGCAAUCGCCACAGAAAACCUAGAUAUAGCCAAACAUCUUUUAGACCAUACAAUCACUGAAAAUGAUGUUGGUAAUGAAGAAGGCUGCAAUAAACUGUUUUCAACGCUUGUUGAUUUAACUGACAAACAAGGCCAAACACCUCUACACUAUGCAUGCGAAGAAGGCAAUUUCCAAGCUGCAACUUUACUAAUGAAUUAUGGUGCCUCUAUAAAUCAUAAAGAUACAGAUGGCAGAACACCCAUAGAUGUUGCCCCGGACCAUUUGCGAAUGAAUUUGUUAAAACUAUUAAAAGCUAAAUAG